UGUUACCUUAAAAUUUAUUUGAUUUGAGAAACCAUAGAACAGCAUAUAUAGCCCACAAAAUCUACUGUUUGUGAAUUGAAAUGGGUCAAAGUCAUUUAUGAUGUCAGCAUGAACUCAAAUAGCUUUAAUGAUGUGCAAUUCACACAAAGCUAUCGAUGUCUUCAUAUCAAAUUCACAAUCGAAAUUAGUGAUGGUCUGUUACAACGUCUUUGUAUGUGUCUAAGACUCUAACUAAAGGAGCUUUUGAGUUACUACCGGAAAAAGGACCUUUUGACUAGAAUCACAACAGUGUGACUACAUGGAAGUAGGACCUUUAGAGGCUCAGGGCGCCACAGCAGGCUCAAGUGCAUGCCUCCCCAGCGGAGCAGACCCUCUGGUCGAGAACAUGAUCAGGAGGAUUGCAGACAGUGAGGCACGGAUUAAGAACCAGUCGCGUGAUGAGCCAGACCUCACCACUCAGCAGAAGAUGGACAUUGUGCGAGACAUCCUGGAAAAGUCUCACCUGACUUUCCUGGAGAGGUUCUGGAAGUACCUGGCAGAAGAGGAUCUGGAGUAUUUCCAGAGGAUGCAGAACUGUUAUGAACUGGACUUCUACAUGAAGGAGAUAAGGAAAAGGUUGGACAAUGCCAAGAAAAAGACUGGGGUGAAAAACAGAAGGUAUGAAGCCAUGCAGAGAAUGCUGCAGGAUGGGUCCUACUUUAGUGAGGAGGAGAUGAGACAGAGAGACCCACUGCUGUAUGAACAGCACAUCGGACAGUUCCUGGACCCUGAAGAGAAGAACGAGAGGCCAGCUGAUCCCGACAUGUCGUUAUCACAACUGAUCAUGGGACAGAUAGAGGAGAAGAUAAUCGAGAGCAAGCUUGCCUGGCAGUUGGAAAGGGAGGAUGACAUGUUUGAGGAGGAGGAGGAUAGUGAGGAGGAAGAGGAAGAUCAGGAAGACAAUGAAGAUGCAGGUGGCAGUGGUGAGCAGGUCCCAUCUGUGGCAGAACAGGCCAUCCUGCGAGCAGAGUUCCUCCACACCAUGCAGGAGAGGUUCCUUCAAGGAGACGAUGAAGAAUUUGACUACAGCACUGUGGAUGACAAUGCAGAGUAUGACAAUGUGGUGCUGCGUGGUCAGGAUGAGGAGGAGAGGUACUUUGAUGAUGAAGAGCCGUGUGAUGUAGAAGACAUGGAUGAAGAUGAUGGUGCUUGUGUUGUCACAUCAGGGUCCAGGAGUAUGGACCAGGGGACAGAAAAGGCUCAAGUAAAGGACAGAAGUGUUGAAGGUACAGAGUCACAGGAGACGGGUGAUAUGGAUGAGAGAUAAAAGAAGUGCUUUUUUUCUUUCAAGAGAUCUUUAACUUCAAGAGUAUAUCACGAGUCUCUUGACCCCCAUAAGGAACUGAGCAAACCUGUAUAUACUGGUACAUCAUUGGGAACUAAGAGCCACAGCGCGUAUGAUGUGUAACGUUACGUGAUAGUACCUUGGAUUAAAAGAAUCUUAUCUCUC